CCCUUUCCCUCCCAAACUACAGCAAGCUUACCACAGGCCACAGGAAGCGUCAUGGGGAACUGUAUUCCCUUCCCAACCACCAGAGACCUCUCUGUUUCAAGGAGGAGGAAAUCUCUCCCAAUCCAAACAUCCUUUAAGCUUCCAUCUCCGUUACCAUCUUGGCCACCAGGUGGGGAAUUUGCCCAGGGGAUAAUAGAUCUUGGAGGCCUGGAGGUGUGCCAAGUCUCCACGUUCACGCAAGUUUGGGCUACCCAUGAAGGCGGCCAAGAUGGCCUCGGUGCAACCUUCUUCAAACCUUCGACAGUCCCCAUUGGCUUCUCGGUGCUGGGCUACUAUGCCCAACCGAACAACCAGCCUCUGUUUGGCUGGGUUCUGGUCGGGAGAGACUCCGGCGACGGUGACACGCUCGCGCAGCCAUCGGACUACACCCUUGUUUGGAGCAGCGAGUCAUCUAACAUCAAUCAAGAUGGUCGUGGCUACUUCUGGCUGCCGACGCCACCUGAAGGAUACCAUGCUGUCGGCCUUGUCGUCACGAACUCAUCGGAGAAGCCUUCGGUCGAGGAAGUCAGAUGCGUGAGGAGCGACCUGACCGACGAGCCUGAGAGCGAUGCAUACAUAUGGAGCACUGAUGGAUUCAGUGUGGAUAGCUUAAGGCCCGCUACAAGGGGCAUCAAUGCCCUCGGUGUGUCGGUUGGAACAUUCAUAGCCCGAGCAAAUGGAGCUGCGAUUUCUGCAGCAUUGUCUUGUUUGAAGAACAGGAAGGCCAACUUCUCUUCCAUGCCGAACCUUCGUCAAGUGGAGGCCCUCAUGCAAGCUUACUCACCAUGGAUUUACUUCCACCCGGAUGAGAUCUACUUCCCCUCAUCUGUAAGCUGGUUCUUCGACAACGGUGCGCUGCUAUACCAGAAAGGAAACCAGAAUCCUACUCCUAUAGACUCCGGUGGUUCGAACCUUCCCCAGGGAGACUCCAACGACGGCACCUACUGGAUAGAUCUUCCGGCCAAUGACGGCCAGAAGAAUAAGAUCAUGAAAGGAGACAUUUCCAGCACGAAGUUGUACCUACACAUCAAACCGAUGCUCGGCGCGACCUUCACCGACGUCGUCAUAUGGAUCUUCUAUCCAUUCAAUGGGCCUGCAAAAGCCAAGGUGGGGCUGUUCAACGUAUCACUGGGGAAGAUAGGAGAGCAUGUGGGUGACUGGGAGCACUUGACACUAAGGAUAAGCAACUUCACCGGCGAGCUACGGAGGCUCUAUUUUGCCGAGCACAGCUCAGGCACUUGGGUGGAUGCUUCACAGCUCGAUUUCCAGGGGGGGAACAAGCCCGUGGGGUAUUCUUCAUUGCAUGGCCAUGCUAUGUACUCGAAGCCAGGCCUUGUCCUACAAGGGAAUUCCAAACUGGGUAUUGGCAUCAGGAAUGACACUGCGAAAGGUAACAGCAUCGAUAACGGGAGGAGCUUCGAGGUGGUGGCGGCGGAGUACAUGGGGUCGGCGGUCACAGAGCCUGCAUGGCUGAACUACAUGAGGGAGUGGGGGCCGAAGAUAAGCUAUGACAUCUCGAACGAGCUCAAGAAAGUGGAGAAGCUGCUUCCUGGGAAGUUCAGGUCCAGGUUGGAGAGCAUCAUCAAUAGUCUUCCCGAUGAAGUUCUUCGGGAAGAAGGGCCUACCGGCCCAAAGGAGAAGAGCAGUUGGGCAAUGGAUGAGAACUAAAUACUUGGCUCCAUUAAUGUUGAUGAUUAUAGCAGCAUUACUGCUGCUUUCAAUACUGCUCCAUUAAUGCUGCUUUAAAUACUGAAAGAUGCAAUAUUAUGGAUUGAAAUAAACUAGCUUUGAUGUUUUCAACUA